AUGGCAGCUCUUCCUAGGCUUCCUCUCAACAGUCCCGGAUGCUCAAUUCCUCCAGAGUUAAUGACUCAAGACUCGCACUAUAAUCCUGAAAACGGCAACGAAACACAGAGAGUCAACGGCAUGGUCGAGCUGCGAGACGAGGAGUCACAGACCCAACCCGUGACUCGCGUUCUCAGUAUGUCUCAUCUCUAUCACCUAGCAUACAAUCAUCCAAUCAUCAAGCUCUCUAACGUCACUCUUCAACGUCACAAACCAUUCCCCAUCGCCCUAGUGAACCUGAAGCUUCGGAGGCAAGUCUACUCGAGCUCGACCCUCCCUAAUCAAUAUCAACAUCACAUCUACAAGAGCACCCAACAAUUGUAG